AUGCGUUACUUUGUGCUUUCCAACAAGGUGUUCUUCAGUAUUGGCAGUUUCCACCCAUAUCUGUUGAAGCCGCGGUUUUAUUUUAAAGACGUUUCCUUUGUCAACAAGGACUACGCGGUGCGUAUCGUUGAUGGUUAUGUCGUUUUUGCGCUUAACGAGUAUAUGUGCGGACGCGCCAAAUGGACUAGACUCCAUGAGUUUAUGUUUCAUGAAAGUCUCAUUGGCCUAGAGUGCUCUGUCAAAAUAGACGGUAAACACGUUCUCGGAACGAUAGUGGAGAUUGACGUACCCGAGCGGAAGCUGGGCAUUCGCUUAAAUCCACCAUCGCCAAAUACCACGUUAAAUCACGAUACGGAAAUCCCCCAGUCUUCCAAGCCCGCGCGCACCGAGCGACAGCUCUCGAGGGAGAGAUCGACUUCCGAGAUCGUGGAUGAGAUUUCCAACGGACCUUUGCCCUUUUCGGGCGCGAGGGAUACGGAGGGGCGGGAUCACACCUCAAAUGGCAGCGGCAUGCCAACGAUUCUAUCGCUCUCACGGCGGGGUGAUGCCAAGGGGAACGAUCCCUGCAGCUCUAAACGACGCGGCUCUGAUUCCUCGACGACGCAGGUGCACGUGGAUGUCCCUUUGGAUGCGGCCACGAGCUCCCGCCAGAGCGACACCACAAAAGACUUCGACUCCAUCGCGCUGAAGUAUUUUGACUUUAAGGAUGUCUUCAUCUACACCAAGCCUGGGCUUUGCCGUGUUCACGUUAACGGCAUGAGCUUUCGGAUGUUUAACGCGUCCAAAAAAUACCGGGAUCUUGCUGAGGCUGCCGGGGCCACCCUGCACUCAGAGGAUAGCCGAGGUACUGGCGUGAGGAAUGAGAAUAGGAGGGCAUCCGACUCCUUCAAAGUCAAACCAGCGGAGUUCCGUCAGCUGAUGUCAGCCAUCCGGCGGUGGUUUAAGUCCGACGUGCCGCCGGUGAAUCCGUAUUCCAACACCACCAGCCUCAACCUCGCGGCGGCGUUUGAGGCGCAGCAGACCCGACGCGCUACGAAGAACUUCACGCAGCGUUUUUUUAACCUUUUUAGCGCUAUCGAGGUGGAGUGUUUUGGUUCGGCGAUUAAUAUUGGUGGGGUGGGGCCGGACUUCCCGUAUUUCCUCCGUUUGACUUUCCAGCGCGGUGAGGGGCGACUCUUUUUGACGCGCGACGGCUGCCCGGAGGUGGAUCCCUACCGGAUCGCCGCGGAGAUGACGCUGCAGCAGGUGGAUGUUUGCAUGGCGAGGAUGGAUAGCAACGCGAGCGAUGGCUCGAUUAUCGAGAACCCAUCGCUCCGUGAUCGCGCGCGGAUCGUGUUUCGCGGCAUCGUGGAGGGUCUGGAGGAGACUGUCAGCCACACGGGGAUGGCCGACACCGAGGUGCCGGAUUUGAUCCGAGGCUUUGGCGUCGCGCUCGAUGGGAAAGACAAGAGCAACAUCCACCUCCUCGUCUACCACGACGUCCCCAACGUGUACGCGGGGGAGGUGGUUGACGGGGCGACCCUCCCGAAGACCGGGGUCGAGGUCAUUAUCGACUCCCCUUCCGUCCGAUUUAGCCCUUGGCUGAUGUACUGCUAUACUAAAUUGUGGUAUUUUUUUAAUCCACCCAACUACUGCCCCCUCAAACCACUUGAGUUUGUCAUUGGCAAGCCACGGCCGAGUGCCGGGGUGGAGUUUCUGGUGGAGUUUAUGCAAAAAACUCGCAUCGAGAUUCCUUUUAAAUGCUGUAAGCCAGCGCCGUCGCCACCGUUUGGGAUCACCGACUCGAACAAGAAGGGAAUAGUCUGGGCUGAAUUAGGGGCCGGUUCACAGUUCAUCAAAAAGGCUUCCUUCCUUCUUCCAGGCCAAAAAAAACAAAACUUUGAGACUUUUUUUUCUAGCACGGAUAUGACCAUUUAUACCAAUGCGGUGCUGGAGCGGGACACCGUGUUUUGCCAUUUUGAGAAGGUUCAGUUUUUCCUUGAUCGGCAGGACGAUCUGCAAUGGAAUGGAAGGAAGCUGUGGAAUAUUAUACUCAAGCCAUCUGGCGCGAAAGUGAAUAUUUAUAUGUGCUACAUCGAUUUCUUCAGGGAUUUGAUCAACAACUUUUAUUACGCAGAGAACCUUUACCACAACGUGCCCUUGACGACGGAGUCCUACAACACCUAUGCACGUGUGGUGCGGGAUUUCGUCCCAAAUGUCAAACAAUUCGAGAUAUUUGCAGACGAUGACACCAUCGUAUCUAUCAAUGCAAACACACGGAAUGUGGUGUAUUCGGAAGACCCUAACGACCCCAAAAACAACACGUUUGGCAUUCUCAAGGCCAAGACUAUAGAGUUUCGAUUAGUGCUCCCGAAUGAUCAAUACCAGCUGAGCUACGUUAAUGAGAUCGAGCGGCCAUUUUCACUUUUGCUGGAGGAUGUAAAGUUGUAUAUUAGUCUACCACCGAGUCACCCCUUUUAUAAGGAAGUGGAUACGGGGUCUCACUUUGGCCACGCCGACACAGUUCAGGUAAAGGGGGCCUAUAUCGUUAAUGUCGAGAAUCAGGCUAUUCCACAGGGCCGAAAUCAUAUCCUUAAAUCCACUGACCGCACCAAGUGCACCAACUACUUGAAUAUCGCCAUCGAAAUUCAGAACCUGCGAGGGGCCCUGACAGGGCUCCACAUCAAGGUCGUGCUUGAUGUGUUAAAUAACUUGGUCUUGCAAAACCCCCUGACGAUUCGCCCGGAUCAGCUGUUUUGGCUCCCGGCGAAUCAGGAGUCGCACACGUUGACGUGCCGAAACCGGGAAAGUCAGCUCCGACAGUAUCUUGCGAGCAGCUGCCCCAACUGGAAUGAACUCGAGGUGUGCGUGGAGCUCCAGUUUAUCAACAACGUGCUGUCGCUCACGGCCGGGAAGGCCCCAAACGCCCCUGGGGUAAGCCUUUCCACGAGUUUGGCGUGCCUGACCGUGGUCAAACAGGUCGCGGUCACCGACAUCACGUUUACGCUGAACCCCGUCAUGGCGCAAAUCGCCGAGGACCACGCUGUGAACCCUCACGAGGCCUUCUCCUUCCUCACCUUCGGUCCGGCAAGCCUCAGUGUCAUUCGACACUACGGACGCUUGCCGUACAGGCCGAUGGUGCACGAGACGUUCGACGUACGCGGGGAGUACGCCGUGUUUGAGCUCUCCUUAAAUCAUCUCGUUAUGCUUCUCACUUUAUUCAGCGUGGUAGGGGAGCAGCUUCAGGCUGAAGACGUCACCAUGGAGGUUGAGAUGGGGAGGGCGCAGCUGGCCGCUGAGUCCUAUGAGCAUCACGAUUGGGGGGACCUCAUGGCGAGCAGCCCACCGGGUGACAAACUGAAUUGGUUGAAGCUAGCCUCUCCUAACCCAAACGACAAUUUUUGCCUGAAUGGUCGGGGCCAACCGCCUCCAGAUUUUGCCUUUCCACCAUUAUCUCUCGCCAUGAAUGCGGCUCAAUCCUCACCUGUAGCCGCUAACGCCACAGCUUUCUCGCUUGAACUGGGUGCCAUGCAGAAUAAUAAGCUUAACGGCGUUGUCCCUUUCACCAACGUAAAUGGUCGCGGUAGCAUCUCCUCCCUCAACGCCGAAUCCAAUCGGUUGAGUAUCAAGGAAGUGAACAGGCAAGCGAGCCAUACUAGCGAGAGGUUACACAAUAGUGAAAAUGGAACUGACAAAGGUGUCUGCGCGACUUUGUCCAGGCUGGAUGGUCAAGCACGUGUUGACAUGCCAGUAAAAUCAAGCAUUCCGCCUAUCCCCGCGUCUACGGAGUCUCUUAGCCCUACUCUCUCUGGUGCUGUAGAUGGGUCAUGCCAGCCGGUUAUACCUUCCAUUCAACAGCCAGGGAAUACAUUUGUCAGUAGUAGCGAUAGCUCUGACGUAGAGUUAGGCAAAUCCAGAACCUCCAUUACCGGCAUUGUGCAAGAGACCCCGUGUGAACUGGGGCAAGAGUUCGAGAAGUUUAUGGAGGAAGUCAACCGGGCGGAGGACCACGCUCGAGAUUAUGGCAUCUUCUUUGCGAACUUUUCCAUUUCGAAGAUUCAGGGUGUGGUACACAUUGGGAAGGAAGGUUUGGCGACAUUAGAUCUUCCAUUUGGUAUCGCCGCGGCGCGCUCCACUGUAAAUGAUGGUAAUUCAAACAAACGUGCGAGCGCUGCUGCACAGUCCAUUCAACUACGCAUGCUUACUCCGAGGAAUGAAGAAUUCAAUAAAUAUGUGAUUCCGGUGGAUCAAUCUGCCAUUAUAGGUGACUUUGUGGAAGUGUUCUGCAUUCAGACAUCUUUGUGCUCGCGUUACUACAUGGCAUACCCCUUCGAUGGAUCUCUUGCCAAUCAUCAGCGAAAACAAAGGGCAUUCGUAAUCUAUCACGACUACGAGGAUUUGCUGCAGUUCCCACUGCCUAUGCCUCCUCCUCCUCCGACCCCUAAUGGCGUCAAUACUUCACCCAAAGGUUCUCCAGCACGCCGGCAGUCUUCAUUGUUGCGUCGGAAUCCAUUGACGGUAGUGAAGGUUUCGAGCAAGCAACCAUCCUUGGAUGACGUCCGCAGCAGGAAAAACAGAACUCGGCCAAGUUCUCUGACAAUGUUGUGCACCGCUAACUUGCACAGUCCCAGGACGGACACCGCCGAGAAAUACGCCCACACAAAAGGGACGCUCUUCUCCGCCGGCAGGCUUAGCUCCCCCAAGGACUCAUCCGGGAGCGAACACGAUGAAGACUUCUACCCGCACGGUAUCGGCUCCUUUGAGGAGCGCUCUGAUUUCCGCACCCUCUCCGGGACCCUCACGAGCACGGAGACCAGCGCGCGGCAGGGCGGGGAGACCCCGUCUGAGGGCCUGAACUCACCUCUGGUGAAGCUGCCUAUCCCCAUGGGGACCUCCAAGACGGAUAACACCCCGCCACCGACAGCCUUCUUCGCUACGUGCAUCUCAGGAAGCGAGCCCUCGACCUUCAGCGAGGAAUCGCUUUACACGAGCACGAUAGAGGUCUUCCCUGAUCAAAAGGGGUUCCAGACCACAUUCUUUUCCACUUCCGCCGGCUCCGACCCUAAACCGCCAACGGAUAACUAUGUAGCGAACGAACGCGUACCCCUCUACGCUUUUUACAGGACCUACUUCAAAAAGGAGCCUAACGAGAGCGUGUCGAUGAGGACGGAUUAUCGCGCCCAGUUCAGGGAAGAAUCCAGCCAUUCGGCGCACCCAUGUGCCCUUUUUAAUGGCCCUGCACCCUCCGUGGAUUUUGUUCCCAGCCCCUUUCCAAGCCGCUUUCCCGCCUAUUUAACAGCGGAGCGUGUGGCAAAGAGGCAGGUCAACACCCCUCAGGUCUGGCCACUGCGGUGCACUGAUCACAGGGAGCGCUCCGAGACGGGGACGACUUCGAAGCACUUGCACGUCGAGGCGCUAGAACCUUUGACAAUCCUGGUAACUCCACAGGCAGUUAUUCUCGGGGCAUCCGCCCUCGCGAUCGUGAAGGAAUCAAUGCUCUUCUGGGGCUUUACGUCCCCAGAUUCGUCUUCACAGGGUCCAGUUCCUCCUCCAUCGAAUUCCCAAGUCCAGCUGAAAAAACAUGGGUCGCAUAUCUUCAGUAAAAAUCCCACCAAAAAAAGUCACACACGGACGCAGCAGAUGCGGUGGCUAAGCGAGGACUUUAUAGUUGACGUGACUGUGCCCUGUAUCGAGUUGAAGCUCCUGACGGCGUUGCCAUUAUCGGAGGAAAAUUUACCCAAAGGCUCGAGCGAGACGGAGGGGAUGUACUGCAGUACUUUGUGCAUAUGUGAUACCCAAUUGGUCUCCUGGCAAAGCUACCCUCCUGUGGGCGUCGAGGCGGACGCGGAUAGCUCGCACAAAUGGUGUGCCUCUCUUCACAUCGCCACCAUCUCCGUCAUAAGCCAGAUUGAGUAUGAGCCGAUCGCUCGCGACGGUGGGUUGCAUAUCAAAGUCCCUGGUGUCCUGUAUGACAUGAGCAAGGACACCAUCGCGGUGUUCUACCUCAUGCCGUUAGUCGUGCGUGCGAGAAAGUAUAAAAUUCACGUUCUUAACGGUGGAGUGUGCAGUGUGAUGCUCGACAAAGUCUCGGCUCACAUCACUCGUGAUUUUUUCAGCUACAUCAGAUCUCUUCGGGAGCUUGCGUAUUCACUCGAGCUCAAGAUCAUGGUGAGGCUGAAGAGCGAAUCGGUGCAGUUUCAACCCUUUGCCUCGCCCUACGGUUUUUCGAGCCAUGCCUCGUCAUUUAGGUCCAAGCCAGGAUGCGAAAACGUGCAAAGCAGCGAAAUCGUCGCGCCUACGCCCAGCAGUUAUCGGUCUCGUCUUUAUUUUAACACCGAACAAACGAUACAGGGCAAGAUCAGCAUCGAUUCAAUCCGCUUGUCCUUCAUUGAUACCAAGAGGGAGGGGAAGUUUUUUAAAGUCAACCUAGACACCAUCAGCAGCGUUCACAUCAUGCAGAUCAAGGGCCGCUUUUCUGUCAUGUCUCCACAGCAACGCAACCACAACCGGGUCAUUCGAGUAUAUUGUCUUGGAGGCGUGAGCACGGUUCGUCUUGAGCUCUAUCCUAUCAUUUUGCACGUCUUAAACACCAAAGCAUCGUCCUACAGAUCUCAGCCAAGUGCUAAACCAACCACCGCUUCUUCUGACGGUGUUUCGAACAGCAAGACUAACUUUCCCACUAUGGGGGAUUCCAAGACCAGUGACACCAGUGGAGUAGGAUUGAGCGCGCUGGGGGGAACGACGAGAUGGGGCCGCCUCUUUACAGUAGCAUAUAGCGCCAGCAUCACCCUGCAGACGUUCAGCGUGUGCUUAAUGCAAUCCAAAAUGAACUUCAUCGAAUUCAAAGGUAACACUCUCACGGGGUUUGUCAGAAAGCAAUCUGUUAAGAUCAGCUCACGCGAGUGCAUCCGGGCGGAGGUCCUCACGGAGAUGAUCUCAGAGCGACUCAAACGGAAGCUUCGCAGGAUGGCCCAACGCGCCCGUGAGAGGGCAGCAUGCAGUCGCUACGCCAGCCCCCCUUUAAUCUCCGAGCAGCUCAAACUCACCUCUACGGCCUACUUCUUUUUCCAACAGCUCUCUUUUCAGUACAUCGCGGAUGCGUUCGUGUCCCCCAAGGCCACCUCCAACCCGAGUGACACCACCGCCCCCAACUCUGCCAACACGCAAAAGCGUCAGCAGGACUCCAAGGUGCUGGAUGCCUGCAUCAACCAGGGCUCCCUCGCUGCGGAGUUCACCGAGCAGUCGAACAUCCCCGGCGGCACGCAGCUUAACGUCAUCACGCACAUCGUGACCAUUAGCCUGGACUACCCGUAUCGUCCAAGUGCCGUGGAGACGAUCGGCCCGCAGGCGCACGUCCUCCUCUCGGAGUGGACGCAGGCCUUGACGUGGCUCUUCGGCCUCGCCCGACAGGCGGAACCGCUGCGGCCGGUAAGAGAAGCCGCCGUUGUCGGCCCCCCAGGGAAGCCCGGGGGGGCGGCCGCGAACGUCGCCCUCACGGUCUGCCUUCAGGCGCGGGAGAUGGGGGCGACAGUGGGGCUCUCCCAGUCCAUCGCACAGGGUUUUUUGCUGCCGGAGUUCUCGUUGCUCGCGCAGCGCUCGUCGAACGGGUGUGUGAACGCGAAGGCACAUGCCCACCCCUUUACCAUCACCGCCAAGACUAAUGGGGUGGAGAACUACAGCGUGGUGCUGCCGAACCUCUACCUCAUCUUCGCUCAGGAUAACCUUCGGCUUACCUCAGCUCUUUUGAUGGAAAGCAUCGCCAUGACGGUGACGCCGCUUUUUAUUAAUCACCUCUUUCUGGCCUAUCAACGGUUCACCUCCGAGAUCGUCGUCAUCUUUUCCAAAACCGUCCCGGCUGAGGAGCUCCACGGGACUGGACGAAAGGCCCGCCGGGCUUCUGGGACGUGUAACCUUGCAACAUCCUCCCUAACCGACGCCCCUGUUCGGACGCGGCGACGCAAGGCCUUUUUGUUUCUCCUGCAGAGUGUGCGGGUCUGCUACCUGACGUCGAUGUUGAACCUGCGCCUCGCCAUCCAGCGGUUGAACAUCACCGGUGAGUCCUCAGAGCGGCUCUCCACGAGCACGCUGUUCUGGCUGAUCAACGUCACGGGUACGCAGGUCGCCCUAGUGGACCGCGACGAUCACGAUCAGAUGAUGGCGGCCGUCAAGACGAUCACACAGAAUACCAAACCGCAAAAUCCAACCACCAAGGUAUUGCUCUCGAGCGUGCCGCCCUCACCGUAUCAUCUUACCAACGCGGUCAAUUCCAUCCGCAUUUCACAUCCUCUUGGGGGGUUUAUUUGGGGCUCCGCGGAGUUCUCCUUUAGUCUUUGCAUCGGCAAGACCGACAGUAACCGGGCGCUGGAGAAGCUCAAAGCCAACGCGUGUUUCAAUUCCUACAGUGCGGAUCUACAGAAGGCCCUGUUGGACUCCCUAAAGCAUUUCUCCUACGAAUGGGAGCUGUCUAUCUACUCUCCAUUGAUAAUCGUUCGCUUUGGGCUGGUGGACCUGCUGCAGAAGUGCAUUCAGGAGACUCAACAGGACAUUAUCAACAUAAGGAGGGCCGAGGAGACAGAGAGCAUGCAUUACGAUAAGCUUUUGAAGAGGAAGAAAACGUUCCGAUUACUGCAAGCCCGAAAGAAGCGGUACGAGGCUCUCAUUAAGCGGGCCGAAGAGAAGCGCGCGAGCUGCUUGCUCCGCAUCACGCAGAGUGUUGAAAAGGACGUGAAGAAACGGCGCAUGCCGAUCUCCUUCUACGACGCCGAGGAGGAGCAAAUGCUGUUGAGCUUUCUCGACAUUAUCCGGGAGUACAAGUGUGUUGCAACGGUCUUUAACUUUCAGCUCGUCUUGCCCUUCGGAGAUGCCGCCUUCCGAAGCGUCUUGGAGAAGUCCAAUGACAUCUACUCUUGCGGUAAGGUCGAGCGACACAUCCACUCGUCGACGUGUCUUGAUCGACUAAAGUUCAUCCCGACGCUUGCCUUGAAGCUGCGCAUUGAGAACACCUCUUUUAUCUCGUCCUUUGAGUCCGUGCGGCGGUUCACGCCGGAGGUGAAACAGCCGCAGGAGCUCCACCUUUGGGGCGAAGGCCCCUCGCUGUCGUCCUAUACCAGCACGCCGGAGGAGCGGAGUAUGCAUAUCAACUUCACCGGUCGGUUCAUGCUGAACGACAUGUUUUUCUACAUCACGGACGGCACCCCCGCGGAGGGUUCAUCAAAGUUGAUGAAUCUCAGUCAUAAGACGACCGUCCUCGGCGGCUUAGGGGAGCUGACGGCGUACGCCCUGGAGGAGUUCCAUCGCUCACACAACACCAUCUUCAUUGCGUGUGUUGAGGCGCCAUUUAACGUGGAGCGGAAGCCGGGCAUUACGCAAGUCCGGGCGGUGAUGGAUCUGCUCAGCCCCAAAAUUCAGAUUUCGCCGCAAUUGUUCAGCAUCCUGAACGAGCUCGCCAAGGAGUCGCACACAGGAUCCCUGCACGACGCGCUACGCACCACCACACCGCCGUCCUCUCAUGUGAACCCCGACGCCGCCGACGAGGUCAAGGAGGCGGCGACCAGAAAGUCACGGAGUCGGUCGGGGAUCUUCCCACGCAAGAAUCGGGCCGAUGCCAAAGGUUCGGCGCUUCGCGUCGGCGAUGCACCGGAUACUUCCAUCAAAGACGCGGAAAAGAAAAUCCACAAGGUCGAGACGAUGGAGACGCAUUCCGAUUCGGUGUUGAACAUCGAUGUUAGUGCUCGUUUUGGCGUCGGAAAAAUGAGCAUCUUCUCCCACACGAUCGGCACUGACCCGGUGAAGGCCGACCCCACGUCGAAAUCCUACGCUCAGUUCUCCAGGCAGCGAAGGUUUGGCCGGAAGUUCACCACUGUCGUCGAUGAAUCGCGCACGUUAGAUGAGAUCUUCGCCAGCAGCAAUAGCAACAGCAUGACCACCUCGGGCGUCAUGCCCUCGGUCAACCACAUCUCUUCACCUUACACGGAGGAGUGCAAUAUGAGCUGCAUCCUAUCGAUUCCUCUCCCGAGUGUUAUUGUCGAAGGGGCCAUGCGGUCCGGUGGGGCUAUGAAGAUGCAAAGUUUCGAAACUCUGCGAAUCGAGGUCCGUGCGGGGAUCAUCGUGCUCAGCCCCUGCAUCACGGUGAUCGCGCAGGAAAUUGAGUACUACGUCAAAAUACACGGGGAUCGGCAGCAGAAGUGUCGCCAAGAAAUCUUCUCCCGGGUACAGGCCUUGGAGAAGGAAAUGCCGCAGCAGAACACCCGCCUGCAUUGCUCGUUGAUCGAUCUACUUCUGCCCGCUCCGCGCGCCUUUGCCUCGGCGCUGUGGGAGGAGGAGAUGCGGAACGCGAUUCAGAUCCACUGCGCCUCCACGAGGGUCGACCGCCAAGACGCUCUGAAAGGCGCCAUUGCCCUCCUGCCGAGGUCGUGGCGGGCGGCGAGGGCGCGGAUGACGAGCCCGCCGCCCGCGCCGGAGGGGCAAGGAGGCGCCAUAGACGACGAGGAGGGUGCGCGCACCGCCGAUUGCGUGGCGAAAUCCUUCACCGCGAUCCACGUCACGUUGACGAACUUCUGCAUUCGUUUCACCACCGAGCCGAUCUCCUCGACCGCGCUCACCGUGUUCUUGGAUGAAUGUGGCAGCAUCGACGUAAUCCUGAACUUCACCCGUCACCCGAAUUCGCCACAUUCGCGUUUGGUCCACGAUUACUCCGUUUCCUCCGUGAUUAUCUGCGUUCAGCACCUUCGGGCUGAGGUCCAGAAGAAGCUGGAGGUGAAGUCGCUGGAGGUUUUCCUCUCCGAAGCGGAGGCCACCAUAAGUUGGCGGAGCGAUACUUCCGAUCAGAUCAAUCACCUCGCGGUUAAUUUCCCCUUUAAUGCGGAGCAAUCAGAUCCGGUGUUGGUGGUUCGCAUGCAGCAUCUUUCCCAGGUGUUCACCGUUCUCCAGCUGUGGACCGUUACGACGAGCUACACGUUGAAAAGGGUGCGAACCCUCUUCGCACGUGGGGCGCCGGCGAAUCUUUUCGCGCAGCGGGUGGCGAAAAUACCCGUUCCCAAGCUGCUGUGGAGUCGAACAGGGGAGCUGCGCGCGGGCGAGGAGGCGCAGAACGACCGCCAGUAUUUCAUGGUGCUCUGCAUGUCGCACAUCUUUUGCCGAAUGGAUCUCGGCUCCGGCAAUUCGCACCAGCUUUUUCUUAGCAAAGCCCAUAUCGCGGCGGAGUGCGUGAGGCGUGCCGGCGGCAAUACGACGUACCUCCUGAACACCCACUUCUCAGCCUUCUCCGUCCGCUCCGAAGGGCUGCUCUCGGGCGUGGCCGGCAUCCGGGGUAUUAGUUGCCGCGCCUUUUUGAUUCGUAAUCCGCCAGACGCGGGGCAUUUCAUGCGCUCGCCCGAUGGCCGAACCUUCCGUGCGGCGGUGAUUGUCCGGGAUGUGAACCUCACCUUCAAGGAGAGGCAACUGAGGGAUGUUUUUGAAUCCAAAGUCGAAAAAAUCGUUUUCGACGCCAUGGACGGGGUGGAGGAAGCUGACUGCACCACUGUGAACUUGAACGUUCUCCUGUCCAAGGGGACGCUAGGGAUUACGCCGAGCACAAUGCCAUCUCUUCUUACACUUGUGCUCUCCAUCAGCCAAAUCAUCAGUAACAAGAAGCAGGUCGCGAUGAGCGAACUACAGAAACCCUUCCCGAAGCAAGUGGGCUCCACCGUGUCUAGCUUCCGGGAAAUAGCAAUUGAGAUGAACAAGCCUUUCUGGCGGGUCGAUUCCUUGGAUGCCCGCAUUUCCGAGCCCAGGACGUCCGAUCGCCUCCCUGCCACUACCGCCGCGACCAUGUCGCAGUCGGAGAAUCAGAGCAGUAGCAUGAGCAACCAUCAGCCCCCCAUCCCUUUUAUGGGGAGUAAGAUGUUCUUCCUGCCCUGCGGGCAGAUACGCUUCAUGAUCAAGGAGGUCACCGCCUAUUUUUGGACCACGACGACCUUCGACAAGGGGUCAAUUGACUGCGUCGUGAUGAACUUUCCUGUGGUGCAUUUGUCGUACGCGGAGAGCCCCUGCGAGGAUUCCACCAUCGCCAAGAAAAUUCUCAUCAUCCAGACGCACGAUACCGAGAUGUACCGCCCGGGCAGCUCGAAGGUGGUCAUCCUCGGCCUUAAAGGCGUCAACAGCUUUGAAUUCUUCACUCGGCAGGUGAUCGGGGAGGCCGAGAUGAACUUCGCGCUCACCCUGCAGCAGACACACCCGUGGACGGGGAAUCCCCACUUCACCGAUUUUGAAGACAUCUUCGCACUCUUUCGUUCUUUUACGAAAAAGAAGACGGCCAACGUCUUUCAUCGCUUCGGCGAGAUCUCCGAGUUGGCGGCGGACUACGAUAUGAGGGUUGAGGAGGGACGGCAUGACGCCGCGGGGCCGGUCGAUCCGCACGAGACGGAGGGUACCCCUGUCGCGGAAGGCAAUGCCAGCGAUCCUAGAAUUCUUAAGCCACUUCGCAGCACGAAAUUUUCACCUCAAAUGGCCUUUGGCGGUGACGUCUCCGUGAACAUGGAGGUGAUCCUGAAUUGGUUGGGCAUCACCGAGCGAAUGCUCCCGAAUGUGUUGAACUCGCAGUUGUGCGAUAUGCUAGAACAUGCGCUUUACAACUUAUCUAAAGUCAACAAGAAUCACGCUAAAACAUAUGAAUGA